AUGGCUGCUAAAUUUGAGAUGAAUAAUCUUGGUAAGUUGACAUACUAUCUUGGAAUUGAGGUGUAUCAACACGAAGGAGAGAUCUUGUUGAAGCAAGAUAGAUAUGCCAUGAAGAUAUUUGAAGAAACGGGCAUGAGCGAGUGUAAUCUCUCACAUACACCUAUGGAACAGAAUGUGAAACUUUCAAAGUAUAUGCAGGAUCCUAAGGAGUCACAUGGUGCCGCUUUAAAGCAGGUUUUAAGGUAUCUAUGUGGAACGAUCUCUUAUGGUCUCACGUAUACUCGCACGAGAUCAGUAGAGUUAGUGGGUUACAGUGAUAGCUCGCACAAUGUCGGUGAAGACGAUGGUAAGAGUACGGGAGGUCACAUGUUUUAUCUUGAUAAAAUUCCUAUAUCAUGGUGUUCACAGAAGCAAGAAAUCACUGCUCUCUCUUCAUGCGAAGCAGAAUUUAUGACAGCCACAGAGACGGCUAAACAAACAAUCUGGCUUCAGGAACUACUCAGUGAAAUCAUCAGAGAAGAUAGUAAGAAAGUGACUAUACGUGUUGACAAUAGAUCGGCUACUGCACUUACUUAUACGUGUUGA